AUGGAAAAAAAUCUUGGUGGUAGUAGAUUAGAAGAUGAUCCAUCAUCUUUGACAUCGUUCAACUUUAUACCAGAAGGAGAUGAAGAAGGUUUGAUAUCCAAGAUAUUCUCCAAAUUCAAGACGGCUGUCUCCUCUGGCUCAACGCAACAGUACACAUCCCCAUCUUCUUCAACACGUACGAUAUCGAUUGUACUCUCAAAUGAAAGUGGUAUGAUUACAGAUCAAGUAGUACCUGAACAACAUUUGGCAGAGCAGCAACAACAGCUCACUAAGACACCAUCCAAUACUUCAUCUUCCGCUACAGAUACCAUUGUCCCUGUAGUCGCAGCAACUACUACUACACCAUAUCAUCAUGCUUCGACGUCGACAGGCGGCAACAGCAAUAAGACAGAUACAAAUACCAGUAUGGCCUCAUCGCCGUUACAUAUACAUACCCACAAAUCCAAUACUACUGCUGCCAGUGCAAAUAUUAAUGCGAACAAUGCGUCUGCGAGCACUUUAUCCAGGACCACCACCAAAGAGGAAGAUGACAGAGAGGCAACGCCUACGCCUCACUUGAAAAAAACGACAGCAGCCUCCAAUGCCACUGCAUCGACUCAUACCAUCACAGCAAAGACACCAACGCCAGCUUCACUGCCAAAGCAGCAACACUCUAAACACAUCAUCAUUGACGAGGAACAAAACCAGCAACAGCGGAUCCCUUCGCAUAUGAUUAUACCCCUAACCAAGACAUCGUCUAUUGACAGCGACACACAAUCUGUUAUGACGACGUUCUCUGUUUCCAACACCAACUCAUUGAGCCGUAUUCUAAAUCGAUUGCGAGGGGGAGAACCGGUGGACAGCAACAAGGAUUUCUGGAUGCCAGAUGAACAGUGCAAAGAGUGCAACAAUUGCAAUGCCCCGUUCAAUUUGUUUCGAAGAAAGCAUCACUGUCGAACAUGUGGCAGAAUCUUUUGCUCUAAAUGUCUCAGUAACAGUAUACAUACAAGUCAUUCACUUAGAGUAUGCAACGAUUGCUAUAGUAAAUUUAUGGAAGGUUAUCGAGCGGACGACACCAUUUCAUUGCACGAUGGCUACUCUUACUCGUCCGUAGUAGUCGAUGGAUCAUUGUCGUCGUCUUUACAACCACAACAACAGCAGUUACAAAAGUCAUCCUUCUUGAUACCUACCAGCGGUGAUGAUGAUAGUAGUGAUGAAGAACUAGAAUUUGAUCGUUCUACCAACAGCUUUGAUAUGCAGCGGCCGUUGGAUAUUCAUUUCUCGCAAUCGACAUCGUCUCAUCAUACAGCCAGUGAUUCCGAUAUAGGGUUCAAGAAGUUACUGACCAACACGUUUCUGAGAACCACGCCGAGAUCAAGGACGAGUACCAUGAAUUCAUUGGGCAUUGAUACGAGUUUGGCUACAUUGGAGGGUGUGAGGCAGCAACAACAGCAACAGCAGCAAAUAAACUCACCGAUGCCAUUCAGACGCAACUCGUUUCUUGUCACUCCAGUACAUCAUGACGCUGGCAAUAGCAAUCAUCUCACUUACUUGCAACAGCAGCAAUUGCAGCAGCACAUGCUGAUUCAGCAUCAUCACCAGCACCAACAACAAGGAGACUGUUACGACGGUAGUAAUGGUAACGGCAAUAACAGCAAUGGUGGUGGUGAGGACGAUGAUCUAAGACGCAAUCCGCGCAACCUACUGAAUUUCUGGGGCACAGGAGAAAGACCUAGCUCAGGCAUCUUUAACAACUUUUCCUAUGAGGACUACCACAUAGAUUCACCUGUGCCGAAACCUAUCUUGAGUACCAGCACAAGCACGGUCAACAAGACAUCAUCUUGGCUUAUGAGACCCUCCAAUGACCAUCGAUCCAACAGCAUCAUGCGUCGACGCUUGAGUCUGACAGAAACCAACAGUAAUGGAUUGACAGGCAAUAUAAGUAGCGGUAGUAGCAGCAAUGGUGGCGGGAAUGGAGGCAGUGGCAACAACAGCAACCUCAACAGUGGUAGUUCUACCUCUUCCACACGCCAUAUUCGAGUGCGCACCAAGAGUCUAAUGAGAAACACACCGAUUACCAUGUCGUCGACAGACCAUCAUAGCGAUAACAGCAGCACAGGCGGCUACGAGAGCCCUGCAAGCAACAGCAAUCGAAACUCGUUUUACCAACCCCUAACGCCCUCCACAUCUACGCCGACGACGCAUACAGCUACUAUUACCACGAAUACCAAGAGCACCGCCACUACCAACAACGCGCCUGAUUUGGACCAACUACGGGCCCAGAUACUCUCCGUCUCUGCAUCCACAUCGCAUCCUGUGACCGUAGCAACGCAUCGUCAAUGGGACCCAUCCUUUAUUUACCUCAUGCGCAACAUCAUUACACAUCUACUCAAGGAAGGUGGUUUGCCAUUGGAGGAUUGGGAGCAGGUCAUGAUGGAGCAGCUGUUGGUCAUUGCAGAUCAAGUGCAACCGCAUAUCCGGAUCAGGGAUACCUUUAAUUUGAACCAUUAUGUCAAGAUAAAAAAGGUGCCUGGAGGUCUACCCAAGGACAGUUUUUCGGUCAGUGGUGUCGUCCUGUCCAAGAGUGUAGCACACAAGCACAUGAUGCGUAAAAUCAAAAACCCAUCUAUUUUGAUCUUGAAUUUUGAUGUGGAUGGGUUUGGUGGAGGUGGCAGCAGUAGUGGAGGAGGAACAAGCAAUAAUGCGCCUUACAACAACGCAUCCUCUUCAGCUGCUUCAAUUACUGGAUUUCCAGACACAAACACACCCCGUCAAGAGUACCUCAAGUUUGAUCGCUUAUUGGCAUGGGAAAAGGAGCACAUGAAUUCGUUGGUGUCCGAGAUUAUUGGACUCAAGCCCCAUAUUGUCUUGAUUGCAUCUCAUGCACCUCGCACCAUCAUUGAACGUCUGAAUCAAGCCAACAUUGUCGUUGCUUACAAUAUCAAAAAGCAAAAGUUGGAUGCCAUUGCGCGAUGUGCGGAUGCUACAGUGUUCAAUUACAAGAACGAGUUGUGGAAUGCCAAAACCAUAGUGCCUGGCAAAUGCGGUCUAUUCGAGCCAUUGACAGUGAUGCAUGAAUAUCUGCCUAAUCGACGCAAGACCUUCCUCAUGUUUCAUGAGUGUCCCAAGGAACGAGGUGCCACUAUUGUCUUGCGUGGUGGCAGCCUCAAGACGUUAGCUACGGUCAAGUACAUUAUGAAUUUCAUGGUCAAGGUGGCGAAUAAUAUCAAUUUGGAGGCACAAUUGAGAAAGGAUUUUAUUGAAUUGCGUCGAUACAAUCAACCUACCAUGUAUGAGGACUACUGCAAUAACCAUGCUGCUGCUGCCAUUGGAUUCGACGAGGGUGGUAUAAUGGACAUGGGCGGUGAUGAUGAUGAUUCUUCCACUUUGCAUCAGCAUCCCAUCAGAUCAACCACAGGAGGCAGAUCCACCACUGUAUCCUCCUAUCAUCAAGAAGGAUCUUCAUCAGAACCCGUUACCAUGGAUACGCAAAGUGUGUCUGCACUCUCUGUUGCUGAAUCUCAAAUCACGGUUAAUACAGUCGACAUCAAUGCUGCCAAGAAGAAGUCGCAACAGCAAUAUCAGCAAGCAACGGUCAUUGUAGAAGACGAUGAUAUAUGUUUGACAGCCAUCAACCUCGUCUUGAAAAAAUAUCAGACAACCACCUUGUCUAUCUCGCCCGGUGUGACACUCCCUGUACCUCACAUUUUGCUGAAAUUGAGAGAAUCACAAAAAAAACUGAUUGGGUUGAUCCGUGAGCGAUUGGGCAUUCACAUUACAGGCAACGUACUGGCAGACAAUUCGAGUGCAGCAGCAUCACCAACAUCACCUCUACCUACUGCUGCUGCUGAUCCAGAAAAGCAAGCACUGAGCAACAACAACAACAACAACAACAACAAGCCCGUCAUUCCCCCUAUCCCGACAGAUCUCAUGUUGAUGCAUGAUUAUCUCAAGGCAUUUGACGCUUACUUGGAUCAUGACUUAGAAUACCGUCACUACCAAGAUCUUCAUCUGCAAUGCUGGUUGCUGUUCAAACGCUACAUUGGCGACAUUCAUCUGUACUUGACACCUGUGCAUCACCAGCAAAUCAUUGUGCGUCGUACCACCAACCCCAUGGAUAAUCACAGCUUUCCUUGUGAAAAGGCUAUGCUGGAUCCGUACGACUAUUACAAUCCCAUGGGCGACUGUACGCUGGGACAAUACAUUCUGAAUUCCAUCAAGGAUGCGUAUACAAAAUGCAGUUCUAAAAUGUGCGGUGGGCUCAUGAUCUUCCACGACAGAACCUAUUCGCAUGGUAAUGCACAGAUCAAGGUGCAAGUGUUCUUGGAGGACGACAGUGGCGGCGAGGAUGAGCUAGUGGAGGAGAAGAUUGAUAUCAGCCGUGACGAGUACUUGCGCAGAAUACCCAUCUUGAUUUGUACGCACUGCAACUUUUGUAAUGUUACACAUAACUGGAAACCAAUGUCUGAUCUGCUGCAGAGGUACUCGUUUGGCAAGUUCCUGGAGCUCUUGUUUUACCAGUCUGAAUCCAUUCCUCUAUACGGUCAUGGGGACCAUGCAAUGCCCGAUGGUAGUGGCUACUUUGGUGAGGAGGAAGACGGCCAUGACUCAGGUCUGGGAUGUCCGCAUGGCUUCUAUCGCGACCACACCAUCUCAUUUCGCUAUCAAAACUUGUCUGUCAAUUUCACGCAUGCCAUGGUGCAAGUAGUCGAAGUCAAUCCUCCACCACUGCACUUACGGUUCAGCUCCAAACAACAAAUGGCUUUGAAAGAUGCCUCACUGGAUUCCACACGAUCCAAGAUUGCCAAGUUCUUUGACUCCAUAAUUGAAAGAAAUAAGGCCUUCUCGUACGACAUUGUGCAACCCAACAUGGUGGAUCUCUGCAAAGAAUACCUUCAGGAACUCUCUCAAGAAGCGCUCAAGAACAAAAAGAAUCUGCUACAAAAGCUGCAAAUGGAGUAUGCUACCAGUGCACCUACGGAUACACUGCAGCUCAACAAUGUGCUGGCCGAUCUUCAGAAUCAUGCAGUAACUUGGGACCUAAAAUACAUUGAUUUUGCUAGACGGUUUGUUCGACCUGAGAGAGAGCUGAGAAGAUUGACAACCAACCAUUUGCGCAAGAUGUUUCCCGCAGAGAGUCUAUACAACAGUAGCAGCAAUACACCCGUUGUCUCCAAUUUAAAUCUGCGUACAAAACGUGCUAUUGAAGCUGCUGAUUUACCCCUGCUGGAUGUUGGAUUGGAUCAGGAAGCUUGCAUGGUGCCGUACGGUGUGUCGGGUAGUGUUACCUCGUCUUCUGUGGAAGACAAUGAAGCUGUCAAUCUUAGCUUCAAGGAUCAACCUGGAUUGGGUGAAUCGCCUACAGAGUCUUAUCCUUGGCACGACGAGCUUAAAAGGUUUGAUCAGAUGUUUAUGCAAGAUGACCCAACGAGUCAACAUGAUAUGGCGGCGGGCAACAGCUAUAGCAGUACACAGAUGAACAGCAGCAACAAAGAAGGACAACAGCAGCGGCAGAAGCUCAAUAAAAAAUACAGCGUAGACAGCUAUCAGGACCUUAGUAUUCGCAGCAAACAACCUUCCUCUCCUCAAAAGAUGUCCAGUGUGGAUGACUUGGAGGAGGAUACACGAGACCUGGACCCCAGUGUAGCUCGUCGUUUGUCAUUGGAACUGAUGAAGGAUGCGCCCAAGAAGAAAAAGGAGGCCGAAGACAAGAUACUCAAGGAACAACAGCAGAAAUUGCAACAGCAGAAAGACGAGGAGAAGCGUAAAAACUAUCUUGAGGCUUCUAGGAUUCUGGAGUCGAGUCAAACUGCAGAUACACCACCUUCAGCUACCACACCACCCUCGACACCCAUGACAGAGUCUUUCUCCAUGGUCGCUAAACCGCUGAUUCAAGAUUCAAGUCAGUCUCGAUUGAUAAGGCAGGCAGCUGCAUUACCCAUCUUAUCCUCUACUGCCUAUAAGCGAUUGGCUGGUUUAUUGCCUGAUCCCAUGGUAGGCAAAUCAAAGAGCUCCCCAUCACCAGGAAACUAUCUCCCCAUACAACAACAGAAAGCGACUCCCAUUCAAAGACUGCUGGAUAAAAGUGCUCAGAAGAACAAAAACCGUAAAUCUCAAUUUUAUGAGUCGUCAUCGAACCAUUUCAUGGAGAAUUCUGCUCAACAAAUGGGAGCCCUGCCACAGCAGCAAGACGCAUUUCCGUAUCCAAACGCACAACCAACAACAGCGGCGGCAGAUGGCCCAACACCACAAAAACCUGCGUUUUAUCGUGGCUCUCCUUAUACUGCUAAAAUGCCAGAAAGAUCUUCCAUUGCGUAUCGAUAUGGAUUCAUGUCUGGACUCAACAACAACAAGAUGCCAAUGGCAGAGAGAAGACUUGGCGCUGCGAAUAUCACACACCCUGUCAGUAGUGCCUUGGCUGCGGCACAAGCGGCGCAAAGGGCUACUGCCACUGCUGCUACUACUACUGCUGCUGCAUCUGCUUCUGCUUCAACGUCCAAAUCAAAGGCCUCGUCAUCAUUCACAUCAGCGUCUUCUUCUACUGAUACUACUAUCACUACAACUACAAAGGAAGCGCAAAUGCAAGAUAUAUCUAUUGCAAGACCGAGAUCAAGAACCAUGGCCAUUGUAGGCGGAUCCUCAAACAACCUGCUACAGCAGCCAUCCUCCAGCAGACUUCGUGUGGGUGGUCGUAUUCCAGUUCCUACAAGCGCAACUCAUUUACUACAGUAUCCUGGCGCAAAUUCGGUCAAUGCCACUUUGGGUAUUACAGCGAAUAGUAACAGCAAAGGCAGCAGCAACCACAAGUUUGCAUACAACAACAACAGCAAUAUAUCUCACUUGCCUGUGCCUAUUGCAUCGCCUCAUCAUCCAAAUAGUCAAUACACAAGACAUCACCGAAAACUAUCCGAUGGCAAGAUCUCAACAAGAACCAUGCGCCAAAGAUUACCGAGUAAAGCAUCACUUGAACCAUAUACCAAGAUCAAGGAAAUGACAGAGGACGAUGGUGAUGAUGAUGAUAUGGAUAUUGACCGCUCUUCUGUAUCCUCUUCUUCAUCUUCCUCCUCGUCUUCUGCUGCUAGUUUCGAUGAUGAUGAUUUAGGAGACGGUAGUACAGUGUCAUUGAUGGAUGAAUCUGCCUGCCAAGAAGGUAUUUUGGUGGUGAAACCUACCUCGAAUGACGAUGAACAAGACGAACAGGACAUGGACGAUGAAUUGGUUCCAUUUCAGCACAAUACAUUCUCAUUGACAAGCACAGAUGAAUACGAUGAAUCCUUGGGCCGUGAAAUCGUGCCCAGUAUCAUUGAAUUGGAGCAGUUUCAUAACGAGCACCAACUACAAUUGUCCACAAACACGUUGCCCUUUUUGAGUUUGGAGUGUGGUAUGGUGGUGGAUAAAAAGCAAGAAGGAUUGGAGUUGAAAGGGUCUACUGCCAUGAUGGAAGCAGCCGUAUUGCUCAAAUCAUCUAGCGUUGGUUUAGAUUGGUCGACAAAUACCAGUGGGAGAAAUUCUAUUAUGAAAGCCAUUACCUACGUUCUUGCAGAGAAGAGUAUCAGCAAUUUGACGCCUUUAGAGUAUCCAUUCUCUCCCAAUGAGCAUAUAUUUGCAGACUCCAACAUCUUGGUGAGAGAAGACGAACCAAGUAGUAUCAUCUCCUACAUGCUAGGCAGUACAUUUUACAACGAGAAAUUGCAAAGAAAACAAGAGUUGAGAAUGUCAAAGGCCGAGAUUUUUAACACGAACAACAAGGAGAAAUCUGCAGAUGCAACUACGGAAAGUAAGCCAUUCUUCUCGGAAAUGUUUCCCGAGACAGAUGAAAGAGAAAAACCAUGGCGAUUCAGUUUUCAGGGCGGAUCCACUAGCUUUUCAUGCAAGAUCUACUUUGCAGAACAGUUUGAUAUGCUACGAAAGAGCUGUGGCUGUGACGAAAUCUUUAUUUCUUCGCUCGCAAGAUGCACUCCUUGGGAUACGGCUGGUGGUAAAUCAGGUUCCAUCUUUUUAAAGACUAACGAUCAACGGUUCUUGAUCAAACAGAUUUCGAAAUAUGAAAUGGAUGCAUUCCUAGGCUCCGCGAACAAGUAUUUUUUAUAUAUGUUUAACGAGGUUUUUGACAAAGGAAUUCCUACUGUUUUAUGCAAGAUUUUCGGUCUGUAUCGAAUCGGCUUUUACAACAAUGUCAGUGGAAAAUCAAUGAAGAUGGACAUCCUGGUCAUGGAAAACUUAUUUUAUGACACGUCUGUUAAGAAAGUGUUUGAUUUGAAGGGAUCCAUGAGAAACAGAUAUGCUGAAAAGACAGGCAAGGAUGUAGAGGUGUUUUUAGAUGAAAAUCUGGUUGAAGUCAUCAGCAAGAACCCACUCUAUAUGCGAGUCGAUACGAAAUGCAAUUUAUCGGAUUCGUUAUACAAUGAUACACAAUUUCUACUGUCACUGGAUGUCAUGGAUUAUUCUCUGUUAGUUGGAUUUGAUGAAGACACAAACGAAAUCAUUGUUGGCAUUGUCGACUUCAUCCGCACCUUCACUUGGGAUAAAAAGCUCGAAAGCUGGGUCAAGGAAUCAGGCAUGUUGGGAGGUGGAAAAAAGGAUCCUACCAUCGUGUCCCCAAGAAUGUAUAGAAAACGUUUCAGAUCUGCAAUCGAUCUCUAUUUCUGCAUGAUCCCCGACUUUUGGACACAUAUUUUGGAUUAA